AUGCUCCUCAAAACCAUCCUCGUUCUCGCCACUGCCACCAUUGGCAAUGUUCUAGCCAUAACAAAUAGCCAACAGACUGUUGAUAAUAUCAACGCGUUGACUAAAAAGACUCAAAUCGCAAAGCAGGCAUUGGAAAACUACAAUGGAGGCAUCUCUGGUGGCUUAUUGAUUGCCAGGGCCAUUUAUAAUGCCCACAGCUCUGCAGUGGCAGCGCGAAACAGCAUGGGCAGCUCCGACCCAUUUUCUGGCGAAGAUAGUGAUCUGACAUUGGACGCAUACAACCAAUUCACUCCCGUGCUUCUCAGUGCUUUGGAAGUCGCGCAAGUUAAGGCGCCUCUGGUUAAGAAUUCAGGGCUUGCAUACCCGGCUCAAGGCAUGAUCAGCAAUCUCUAUAAUGAAAAGAGCAGAUUUGAAGAAGCGAUGCAUGGCCAAUUGUCCAACGAACAUUCUCUCAUGAUCAAACCGUCGGUGGAUCAGAUAGACAGAGAAUUCAAGAAAACUCUGGAUUCAUUCAGCGACUAG